AUGUUAUUUCUAAGAACACUUCAACAUGCUGGUAAAGAUCUUCUUUUAUUUACAUGUAUGUUUUCAAUUGUUUUUAUGGCAUUUUUAACAUUAUUUUAUUUAUUAUUUUUUUCAAAACUUUCAAAUUGUUCAAGUUUAUUACAAACAGCAGAAAUGCUUUUUGAAAUGACAUUAAUGAAAUUUGAUGCACAUGAAUUACAUGAAGCUGCUGCAUUUCUUGAACCAUUUUGUUUUAGUUUAUUUAUAUUUAUAGUUGUUUUUGUUUGUAUGAGUAUGUUAUUAACAAUAAUUAAUGAUAGUUUUCGUUUUGUUCGAGAAAAUGCAAAAGUUAAAUCGAAUGAAGAUCAACAUAUAUUAUCAUUUAUGUUUUCAAAAUUUCAACAAUGGAUUGAUAUUGAAAAUUUUAUUUUAAUUUAUGAUGAAAAAGAAAGAUAUUGCUUUUAUUUUAUGUCUAUUGAUAGGUUUUAG